UACACACACAAAUGAACAACAACACACAAUUAAACACAAGUAGAAAAAACUGCAAUUCUCUCGGCGGAAAAAAUAGAAAUAGAGGGUGGGCAACCGCUCCAAGCUUAAACCAGUACCUUCCCAGAAAACCCACGGCUCCUGCACCAACAAUGAUGGAUUCCGGUAAUCCAAUUGGUUUACCCACUGAAGAUACGGAGAAACGUUGCCGGAGAAGGCUAGAAGUUGCCCUAAUGAAGAGGCCGGUGAGUUUGUCGCCGGAGGCAGAUUCCAAGCUUGAUGAUGAAAUCCAUUCUGGAAAACCUUCCUCCCACCCGUGGCCGGCUGAUCUGGCUUCGGAGAGCGCCGGCGCCUUGAAAUACGGGUUCGUAUCGAUCAUGGGGCGCCGGAGAGUAAUGGAGAAUGCGGUCACGGUGGUGCCGCCGGGGAGGUUAGCCGGGAAGUACUCUUGCUUCGGUGUUUACGACGACCACGACGGAACUAUGGUAGCGGAAACGUGCGGCAAGAGGCUGCAUAAGUGUUUGGAGAGGCAUAUAGAGAGGACGAAGAAGCUGCCGGUGGAGAGGGAUUUUGACUGGGGGAGAGUGAUGGUCGACUGUUUGGGUGGUGCUGUUGAUGAGGAUUUUUGGCAUGAAGUAGAGGAGAGAGAGAGAAGCUCCGCCGCCACAGUACUGCGGUUCACGGCUAUGGUGGUGGUGGUGGGGAAGGAGGAGGUGGUGGUGGUGAACUUCGGGAAUUCCAGGGCGGUGCUGUGCCGCGGUGGAUUGGCAGUCACUUUGUCAAGUGAUCUUAAGGGUGAAAGAGCAGAUGGAAAGAAGAGAGCUGGUGAUGGAAGGACCAUAAAUUGGAAUGCUUCCCAUCUCCUUCCACUCUCUACAACUUCAAGAUCCUUAGGUGGACAGUGCAUAAUCACGGAGCCUGAGGUGACGGUGACGAAGCGAGCCGAGGAGUCGGACGACUUCCUCAUAAUCGCAACCAAUAGCCUGUGGGAUGUGGUCGAGGACAAGACUGCAUGUGAAGUUGUCAAAAGAUAUUGUGUGAAGGGUGAGUCCCGGAAGGUGUCUUCAGAUGGAAGUAGUACUGCCUCGGAAGCAGCAGCAGCGUUAGCUGUUUUGGCCAUGGCUAAGGGGAGCAGACACAAUAUCAGCAUCAUUGUUGUGCAGCUCAAAUGAACCUCUCUAGCUAUAUAUAUAGUCUGUUUUGUGUUUUUGACUUGCAUGACCAUCCCUUUUACGUUUCAAGAGUUGAAGGAACAAUGUACAGAAAAGUC